AUGGAGGAUCGGCCGCCUGACCCUCCUGCCACCUUGGAGGAAGGACGGCAUGUUUCUUUCGCACAGGUGGUGGCUCGCUCUGUCUCCAUACCUCCGGUGGAUGUGGAGUUCAAGAAGUUGACGCUGUACUUUGGGGAGCCAGCAGUCUUUUUCUCUAAAGAGGAGGUGGCUCGAUCUGAAUUAUCGUUUAAAUCUACCCUAAUUGGGAAGUGUAGUUUUGGCAAACCAUCACUAUUUGAGAUUAAGAGCUAUUUGAAGAAGGCGGUUUAUAUCCAAGGGGAUGUCAUCAUCUCCACUCUGGACCCCAGACACGUACUGCUCAGGUUCGUGGACCACUCGGAUUUUGUGAAGGUUUGGCUGAAAGAAAGUCUCCACAUCAAGGGUUUCCCUGUUAGAUUCAUGAAGUGGACAUCUGACUUCACCUCGGGCUGGGAAUCGCCAUUUGUGCCAAUUUGGAUCACCAUUCCGGGUCUCCCAAUUAAUUUCUAUCAUGGAAACUUUCUCCUAUGCAUUGCGGGGACGAUCGGAAAACCCCUUAAGGUCGAUGGUGCAACUGGCAAUUGCAUUAGAAUAGUCGCUGCCCGUGUUUAUGUUGAACUCGAUCUGAGGAAUCCGAUCCCUUCUAAAAUUUGGAUUGGGUGUGGGGGGGAUGGAUUCUUUCAGAAGGUGGUGGUGGAAAGGCUUCCUUCGUAUUGUUGUUUCUGCUCUAAGAUAGGGCAUGUUAAGGAGAGCUGCAGGAAGGCAUUGAAGUACACGUUGGCUAGGGAUGCUGUCCGUAAAGGCAAGAUGAUAGUCCAAGAUGCUGGUGCAUAG